AUGGAGAGGCGCCGACGUCCUGCGGUAUCGUGUUUCCUGUGUCGCAAACGGAAGAUACGAUGUAAUCGCGAACAACCCUGCAGCAACUGUCUGCGCGCCCAAAGCGGGUCGUGCGUUUACGAGAAUGUUAACCAACCUGUCUCCCUCCAGAAUCGAGUUGGGCAGGGUGUCCUCCACCACUCCCAGGGCGUGUUGCCCAGUGCCGGAGCAUCCAACACCAGUGCCGCGGCCCUCCCCAGCGGGCCAUCGAGUUGGACAGGCCCAUCCACGCCGACCAGCCAAGUGUCCGCGCCAGACGAGGAGUCACGGCUGUUGAGGCUCCGUAUUCGAGAGCUCGAGGAAAAAUUGGCGACAGCGAGCCUGAUGCGAUCUCCAUCCACUUCUCUGGCUCCAUCUCUGGAUAUCGAAACCACCACUUCCCGUCUGAGUGGAACCUUCCACGUCCACUGCCGAAGACCUGCGAACGGUCAGUCGGAGACCAUCGCCCAGAGUGUCAGUCUAAAGUCGCGAUUGUUUGGACAGAGCCACUGGGGAGUCAGUGGGAUCUUUCUGAUCCGAGACAUACUGACCAUGCUCGAGCCCCACCUCACUGAGGGAACAUCCAAAGCAUGGAUGGGCAUGGAGAAGUGUAAAGCGCUGGCCCGGUGCAUCAAGGCACGGCGCGUGCUAUCCUUACCCUCGCUCCCGGCCUCCCAGUUGCCGCCCCGAGACCUCGCCGACCAGCUCGUUGAUGCCUACCUCUGUACCACCGAAUCAAUCUAUCGGAUUCUCCAUGUCCCCACCUUUCGCAGGCAGUACCGCGCACUCUGGCUCGGGGAUGGCAAACCAGCAGACGUGGGAUUUAACGCUCAGAUUAGGCUCGUGCUGGCAAUCGGCGCAGUCACAUACGAUGAUACAUUCUCCCUGCGCCCCUCCGCCCUGCGAUGGAUCCACGAGGCCCAGUUCUUGGUUUCACAACUGAAGUUUAAAUCAAGGCUAACAGUCCAGUCCCUCCAGAAUGACCUUCUUCUGCUCUUCGCGCAGGAACGGGUGGGUGCAGGGGGGGAGGCACCCUGGAUCGCUAUGGGCAGCCUGCUCCGGAACGCAAUGUACAUGGGCCUCCACCGUGAUCCAUGCAAUCUCCCGCAAUGCACAACCCUCAUGGCCGAAAUUCAUCGCCGACUCUGGAACACCAUCCUUGAGGUAAAUCUCCAGGCCAGUUUGUCAUCUGGGGGGUCGCCAUUGAUCGUGCUGGGCGACUUUGACACAGCCCCUCCGGGCAAUUUUGAUGACGAGCAGCUGGAGGUGACCGAUCCAGCGGCGACGGCAGGAUUCACAAAGACAACCAUCUCGAUAGCGCUCCGCCGAACUUUUCGGCAACGACUCGCACUCGUCAAGUUUCUGAACGAUGUGGGCUCACCUGGAACCUACAAGGAGACUCUUCGUCUGGAUGCUGAGCUGCGCACGGUGUACAGAGAGCUCAUUCACACGCUGCGACCAGGGAGCCAAUCUGGCGGCAGCCCGCUUGGCCCCUCACAGUAUGAGAUCCAGGUGGUGGAUUUCCUCAUGCAGCGGUAUCUCCUAUCGCUGCACACCCCAUAUUUUGGGUCCAGCCUGCACAGCACAAACUUUGUCUUUUCCAGGAAGAUGGUGGUCGAGUCCUCGUUGCGCCUAUGGGUCGCGGCCUGUCCCUCACCGCUUAUGGCCGGGUUGAACGAAUUUCGGCGAUUGGUGACAUGCAGCGCGGGCUUUUACCCCACCGUGAGCCUGCAUGCGGCCUUUUUGAUUGCUGUCGAGCUCCGGACGCAGUUACAGGAGGACGAGGGUCUGUGUCUCGUGCCCUUGCGGCCCGACCUCCUGGCCGUGCUCGAGGAGGCCAAAGCGUGGUGCCUGCAGGUGCUGGAGGCGGGGGAGACGAAUGUGAAGGGCUAUCUGCUCAUCAGCGUGGUAACAGGCCAGAUCCAGGGCUUGACGCGUGGCCUGCGAAAGGACGAGAUCGCCAGUCUCUUGAUCCAAGCAGUUGAGGAUGUGGGAGUGAGAUGCUUGCCGAUCUUGGAACGGUUGGAGGCUGCACUGCCAGAACAGGGAGUCGAUAGCCCUCCCGACAUCAGGGAGGAUUGUGAAUUCAUGGCUGCUUUUAAUAUGGGUGACACCGACCGAAUAGGCUUGUUGUUUAAUGAUGACCUUGAUUUGGAGAUGUAUUAA